UAUGAUGCAAAUAUUAAGGAGCAUGAUCUUUUUCACAAUUAUAUUAGUUUCUGUGACUGCAUAUGUGCUAGCAAAGCAAAAUGCGAAUUACAAAACGUGGAAUAAAAACAACGAGUAUAUAGAAUACAAUGAAAAGCACAACAAUUACACUAAAAGCAACAAAUCAAGAGUUUAUAUAAAAGACACUGUAAUAAGACGAUCGCAUUACGCAAAUCCCUUGCAUCUAUCAUUAGAUGGAGGCACUUGGCAAUUAAUCUUUUUGAUAAUAAUAAGCAUGUUGAUAUUCUCAUAUUUGCCAAUUUAUCUCAAUAUAAAGACGAAAUUUUGGCCUGUUUUUGCAAACUGGUUUUUUGUUACUUUGGAGGAUUAUUUCUCUUUUUGUAGACCCUUAAUUGCAGCUGUGACUCGCAAUUCAAGAAACAAUAUGUAUCAAGAAGUGUAUCAAGCAUAUAAUCUGCCAGUGGGAUUCGUUUAA